GGAGACAAAUACUCCGUUGUGAAAUUCCAACUACAAUAAUUUGGCACCGAAAUGGCGUCCCGUUUCUAGGAAAAAACUGGUUACCAACAGGAGUAACGGGUCUCAUCUUAUUCGUUUUCGUGGAUUAUCUUACCCAGUUUCGGAUAGAGAUAUGAGGUGACAUUCUACUAGAACAUAAUGGGAGAGGAAUAUAUUAAGAAAACCCAGGAUUCUCUUGGGAAAAUCAUAAAAAAACCACCGAUGACAGAGAAGCUGCUGAAGAAGCCUCCAUUCAGAUUUCUACACGACGUUUUCACAGAGAUAAUUAGGACAACUGGUUUCAUGAAGGGUAUUCUUACUGGUGAAGAAAUGUCUUCCCAAAAUGUUAAGGAUAAAGAUGCCAAAAUUGCCCUUUUACAAAAAAUCAUUGAUGUUGUUGAAAUGGUGACUGGUAAAACAUUAUCAGUAAAACCAUCCAAGAUAGUAGCUGGGCAUGAACCAGAUAAGACAAAUGAACUCCUUCAAACAAUUGCAAUAGCUGUAUCUAAGAAGAUGGAUAGUUCAGAGUCAGUACAGAAAGUCCUUAAUGGAGAGAAAGGCAGUUCAAGUAAACCCCCAAGGCCAAAGAGAGAUGAUGACAAGAAAAACAGAGAUACAAGUGCAGAUAAAAGAAAUAAAGAGAAUAAAGAUAAGGAAAGAAAAAGCAGCUCAGAUAAUAGGGAUAGAAGUGGUAGCAGAGACAGACUGAAAACAGAAGAUAAGAAGAGCAGAGAUCGCAGUAAAGAUCGAGAAAGGAGCAGUAAAGAUAGAGAGAGAAGCAAGGAUAGAGAAAAGAGUAAAGACAAAGAAAAGGACAGGUCUAAAGACAAGGAAGAGAAAAGCAGAUCAAAAGAUAAGGAGAGGAGUAGAGACAAAGAUAAAGAGAGAAGCAGAGAUAAAGACAAGGAGAGGGAGGAAAAUAAAGAAAAGGAAAGAGAAGAGCGUGACAGGGAAAGGAGAGAAAGAAGGAGAAGAAAAGAUGAGGAGGCAAAGCAAGCUCAAAAUGAGGAAGAAGAGAGUGAUGAAUCAGAGCAGGACUUAAGACCAGCAGUACCUGAGGGUGAAGAUGGUGGAGGUGGUAAUCGGAUCCCUCGUCCUUCAUCAGCAAAAGGUAGCAGAAGAAGACCAACUAAAGAUAGUGAUGAUUCUGAUGGAGAGGGAGAACUUGAUGGUGGACGUCAGGAGAGUGCCAAACACAGAUCUAGGACAAGUAAAGACAAUGGUGAAAGUGGACUUACAGCAGAUGAUGCUUUACCCCCACAGGUUGCUGCUAGUCGCAGGAUGGCCCGUCCCAGCAGUGCAAGACCUGCCCCUCCAAAGCUCAAGAAACAAGAUUCUACUGAAGAUACUUCAAGGAUCGGAAGUGGUAAGCAGGUAUCUAAUGUGAUUGUUGAUAAUGGUCAUAAUUCAGAUGAUGAAGAUGACAUCUUUGUAGUAGAGGAUACACAGCAAUCUAUGGAAGAUGAGCCAAGGCCCCAAGCAAGUGAGUCUAUGGAAGAUGACGGUGAACAUGGAGGCCUUGUUAAGAAGAUCUUAGAAACCAAGAAAGAGCUGGAAGGAUCACAAAAUAAGGAAGAUGAUAAGCCUGUGGUGUUGGAUCCUGCCAGACGUAAAGAACGUGAGCUAGUCCAGCGAGAAGUAGAGAAGCUCCGCAGUGCUAUACAGACCUUGACCCGAAGUGCCAAUCCUCUAGGAAAGAUCAUGGACUAUCUCCAGGAAGAUGUAGAUAGCAUGCAGAAGGAACUGGAGAUGUGGCAGAGAGAGAAUAAAGAACAUGGUCUAGCAAUCAAACGUGAACAGGGGAUUACAGACAAUGAGUUAGAACCUCUUCAAGCCCAGCUAGCCCAGCUAGACCAAGCAAUAGAUGACCAAGUAGACACCAUUGCUGCAGUCAAAGCAAAUAUCCUGAGGAAUGAGGAAAAGAUAGGAAAGAUGGUUAAUAGUAUAGCAUUUACAAGAUGAGUCAUUUCAGUAAUACCAGCUUCUCAAUCAAGCAUAUUAAUUUUUUCAUUUUGAACAUAUGAUUUAAUCUACAAUUCAUCUUGAUAUACUUCAAGUUAUUGUUACUUAACUUGACCACUUAUUACCUGAUCGUGGAUGAAGUUUUAUUUUUCCAUUGGGAUGACUAAGUUAUUUUUCUUUCAUACUGAAUCAUCCCAUGGCCCUUAAUUGAUACAAUUUGCACGUAAGCUAGUGGUCAAGAAUAAAGUUCAUGUAAAGCUUCUUCCAUAUAAUAAUACAGUCAAAUGAUACAGCCAGGUAUGGUAACCAUAUUCACUUCAAUUUAUGGAGAUGCUAGUAGCUACUAGCAGACUCCAGAAAUGACACUCUAAUGCCAUGUUAGCUGAAGAAAGAGUCCAUAGUAUUUCUACAACCAUUUUGAAAUCAAGCAAUUUUUUUUUAUCUUAAUGCAUUUAGUCUAAAUAUAACUCAAUUGAGGUAAUGUUCAAAUAUAGUAUUCAGAGAAUUUUGCUGAAACAUCCCAGCACGAAUCCCAAUUGUGUCAUGAUUGAUGGGCAUCUAGGAUACUGAAUCUUUACCCUAGAGUGUUGACAGGAUAGAAUAAGCCAAGUAACCUCAUUGUGAUAGUCAUUGGAGAUUAUCCAAAUCACUGAAUAUUAUUUCAAAUGCCAUUGAGAAGCAUAAAAUGCUAUGUUAUUGUCAAAUAUCUAUGUUAUUGUCUGGUGUAAUAUAUUUCGCACAUGAAUAGUUUUUUAUAUGUAUAUUUCUUCUCAAGAAUAUAUUAAUGGAUCUUACCACAAUGAAUAUUUAAGUGCACUAAAGUCUGCCAGGUUUUGUAUGCAUUAAUAUAGGUGAUUUUGUUAGCUUUGCUUACAUGAUUUGAAAAAAGGAGGUUUCCAUGUCAAAUUUAGCAUCAUGAUCAGCUGCUUUGCAUGACAAAAUUCUGUUAGUACAAUGUACGAUGCAUGUAAGAACUAUUUUCAAAAGUAUCUCAUAUACGGUAACUAAUAUGGUGAGGUUUACAAACAAAAUAUAAUUAUCUUUAAGAUUUUGUGAAAUUCACUUUAGAGUGUAAUUUGCAUUCUUAAACCAUAUCAUAAAUAGGGGAAUAAAAAGAAUUUGCUUUUUCAUUUCUUAUCGGAAUACAUUUGUGUGUGUGUGUGAUUAUUUAAAUAUAAUGAAUGUUGACAGAAUAUUUGUUAUUGUUUUACAGAAUAAUAACAAGACAUAUGUUUGUAAUGAAGGAAGAUUUUAUCAAGGAUUUCUUUCCUAUUUUCUUUAGUAAAACCAUUGCUAGAAAAAUUGAAAAAAUACUGAUUGUCAUGUUAAUGGACUGAAAAUGGCACGAUUGCAAUGAAAUAAUAGAAUGGCUUAACAUAAAAGGUAUCUGGUUUUAGUUUCUCAACAGAAUAGGCAAACAAGCUUUUUGUUAGUUAAAAUGUAAAACAGAUUAUGAAUAGAGGUAUAAGUAAUUGUCAUUGUCACAAAAAUCUAUUGUGAAUUAUCAUUCAAACUGGUCAAUGUGUUAAUAUUGGGUCAUUGAUGCAUGUAAGAGUACAUAUAUAUUAUUUAUAGUAGUGUUGGUGGUCAAAGGUCAAUAUAGGUCAUACAUUAGUUUAUCUUGGAAGACUUUCUGAAUUUUGCUUGCUGAUUACAUUAUAGUUAAUGAGGGGACUAUGAAUUUUCAGAAGUAGGCAAGACACAGUGUAGUUAAUGUUUGGUUUUGAAAGAGAAUUUCACAAUAUGACUGACAUCACAUUUAUUACCAUCCUUGAUAAAUGCCUGGGUUCUAAAAAUUGAUUCGAAAAACAUACAAAUACUAUAAAGUGAGCAUUGUAUGUUGAAACCAAUAAUCAAUAUUCAAUAUUUUCUUGGGUCUGUUGCGUAAAAGAAAAACUCUGGCAAACUUCUUGCCCAGAGUUUUUAAUGUGUAAGUUUCAAUGGCAUAAUUUUGUUUGCCAGAGCUUUUUUUUUAAGGGCGAAAGUUUUAUGCUAUUUCACAAUUCAUGUAAGAUGUAAGGUAUAUUCUUUGUAUCGAAUUUCACUCCUUAAAUAUUUGAAACAUUUGUGAAUAUCACUUUGUGUGAGCAUAGUACAUGCAAUGAUAUGCUUAAUAGCAGCAUGUUGGUAUGAUUCAUUAUACUUGUACAAAGUCAGCUAUAGUACUCAUUAACCUCUGUUCAGCCAACCAUGUUAAAAGCUUGUGAUUGUAUGGAAAUGAUCACACUAUGUACGGUUUAUAUUAUGAGCUAUAUCACCUUGAGGGUUAUGUAGUGUGAUGAUUACAUGUAUAUCUCCUGGUUUCAUUCAUUGUAAUCACUUUUAGAUCCUUUCACUGUAUGAGAUUGUGCAGUCAAGUGUGAUUUGUCAUUAAAAAUUGUCACAUCUACUUUUAUUUAAUUGUAAAGAAAUUUAGUUGAUCCAUAGGUUUCCCUGUAUGCUAAUGUAUGAAGCAUGUUUGACUAAAACACAACUCUUUGAUAUCACUUUUUUAUGAUUAAGGUUAAAACAUUCCACUCUCCCUCCAUAUAUGAUUUAUGUUCACAUGUCUGUUGGUUGAUAUACAUAAAAAUUAUGGUACAGCUUAUUUGUAACGUGAUGAAGUUAGUUCCAGGUAAUGCUACAAAAGUAGAAAAGUAAGUUUCUACUUCUGUAUGCUAGAACUUGUAGUUGUGAAAUUCAUUAUCAAUAUUUAGGUGGAUUUUGUUAUAGAAACUGGAUUACUAUUAUUAUUUACAUGAAUUAAAUGCGAACCUCUUCAAUAUUACUACAAGAAGAAAUGUGCUACCUAUCAGUGACUUCAGAAUGUUCUGAUCAGGCAAAGCAUGGGAGGCCAGGGCAACCUAUUGUGUGUUAACAAUGGCCUGCCAUGCCCAGACCAUGCCCAACUCUUCUCUGAGCUGAAGGUUUCAGCUGCUACCUUUGAAUAAUUGCUGACAUUGCAUGAUGUACUUCCUGAUGGCUUAUUAAGAUUUCAUAUUCGGUAGAAACUCAAAAACUGGUAUAUUUACAAAGUGAUACAAAUGAAAGCAGCCAAACUUAAAAUAAGUUUCUUUAAUUAUAUCUUUAUUGAAUUGUAAUAUCUGAAGAAAAACAUAUUUUCUCUGUGUAUAUACUGUGAAUACUUUCAAAACUGUAGAUAUAUUAUAGCUGAUAAUAAAGUGAAUUGUGUCUUGUGUGAAUAUA